AUGGCGGCGCCGUGGCAGUGGGAAAACGCCACCGCCGGUGCCGUCGCUGGAUUCGCCACCGUCGCUGCUAUGCACCCUCUCGAUGUUGUCCGUACGAGAUUCCAAGUCAACGACGGUAGAGGGUCAAGUCUCCCGACGUACAAGAACACAGCUCAUGCUGUCUUCACCAUUUCCCGUCUCGAGGGUUUGAGAGGACUUUAUGCAGGUUUCUUCCCUGCUGUUAUCGGUUCUACUGUUUCAUGGGGCUUAUACUUCUUUUUUUAUGGAAGAGCGAAGCAGAGAUACUCUAGAGGCAGGGACGAUGAGAAACUUAGCCCUGGACUUCACCUUGCUUCUGCUGCUGAAGCAGGGGCCUUGGUCUGUUUAUGCACAAACCCGAUUUGGCUUGUGAAAACAAGAUUACAGCUUCAGACACAUCUUCAUCAAACCCGAUACUCCGGGCUAUUAGAUGCUUUUAGAACCAUAAUGAAAGAAGAAGGACUCAGGGGGCUCUACAAGGGUAUUGUCCCUGGUCUUGUACUGGUUUCUCAUGGUGCUAUUCAGUUCACAGCGUAUGAGGAACUCCGUAAAGUCGUUGUAGAUUUGAAAGAAAGGAGAAGAAAAUCCCAAUCCGCUAACAAUUUAUUGAACUCAGCAGAUUAUGCUGCACUUGGCGGCUCCUCAAAAGUCGCUGCAGUUCUUCUUACAUAUCCAUUUCAGGUUAUUCGAGCACGAUUACAGCAACGACCUAGUACUAACGGAAUUCCAAGAUAUAUAGACAGCUUGCAUGUCAUCAGAGAUACCGCGAGAUUUGAGGGUCUCAGAGGUUUCUACAGAGGACUGACCGCUAAUCUUUUGAAAAAUGUUCCUGCUUCUUCCAUUACAUUCAUUGCCUAUGAAAACGUUCUGAAAUUGCUAAAACAAUCUCCAACAAAAGAUUAG